CUCUGGUUACACACAAAACUGGUUGCAAAGUGGCAGCAGAGAGAACUGGAUAUCAGUAUAAACCGUGGGGCAGUUGGACGUACAGCUGCUGCUCGAGGUCUCCAAAAACAGAUUGUUUUCCAGAAAUAAUUAAAAACAACACUUCGAACAAGUUAUGGACGAAGGAAUACCUCGUCUGCAAGACAGACAGCUACUAGACCACGCAAAUUUUUUGGGGGUAGAAUAUUCUUCGCUUUACAUGUGUAAAUCAAAGAGAGGUUUGAAAAGAGACGAAAGCAAGGAAGCCUACAAGCUACCACACAGAUUGAUAGAAAAGAAGAGGCGUGACAGGAUAAAUGAAUGUAUCGCCCAGUUGAAAGAUUUGUUGCCUGAGCACCUGAAACUGACGACACUCGGACAUCUGGAGAAAGCAGUCGUUCUAGAAUUAACUUUGAAGCACUUAAAAUCUUUAACUGCUGUCACAGAGCAGCAGCACCAGAAGAUCAUCGCGUUACAAAAUGGGGAUCGCUCUAUGAAAUCCUCCAUUCAAACCGAUUUGGAUGCAUUCCAUUCUGGCUUUCAAACCUGUGCCAAAGAAAUCCUGCAGUACCUUAACAGGUUUGAGAACUGGACCCCUAGGGAGCAAAGAUGUGCACAACUCAUCAACCAUUUGCACAAAGCUUCUGCCCAGUUCCUGCCCAGCGCACAGCUUCUGUCCCAGCAGAUCUCUGCUAGCAAAGGGUCUACCCCUGUCCAAGAUUAUAACAGACAAAAACUGGAAACACAAACCAACUGUGUUCCCGUUAUUCAGAGGACUCACAAUGGGGAGUUGAAUGAAAACGACACAGACACCGACAGUGGGUAUGGCGGUGAAGCUGAGAAAUGUGAAGGAAAACAUAAUAUCGAAUACAACAGCGGAAAGCCCCAAGGACUGAAAAACGUGCGAGUAAAGCAGGAGUUUGGAGAUGAUCAUCCUGCCAAAAAAAUAAAAAUAGAAUCCUGUGGACCAGCAAGGGUUAACCCUGAUCCAGCCAGCAGACCCGACAUGUCUUUCAUUAACUCUUUGGUGGGACUUGGAGGUGUACCUUUCGGACAGCAAACGCCUUUUUGUCUGCCGUUCUAUUUUAUUUCUCCCUCCGCAGCUGCAACAUACAUGCCUUUCUUGGAUAAGGAAAAUCUAGAGAAAUAUUUUUACCCAGCAGCGGCGGCGGCAGCAACAUCCCCGUUUCCACUGAUGUACCCUGGAAUCUCAGCACAAGCAGCUGCAGCAGCAGCCGCUGUUUUCCCGGGGUUAUCUGCAGCCCUGACGCCGGAUAAGGUGUGCGCGUCCUCGGCUAUGUUAUCACAGAGAGUAAUAUCCUCGCCAUCUCCGAGCUUUGAAAGCGCCAUGGGAGCAGGAUCGUCGUCAUCCGCAGAAAAUGAACUGCAUUUUGACAGUGAAAGCCCACAUGAAUCAGACAAUGACGAAACUUAACGUAUAACUCAUGUAAAUACACAAUUAACAGAAGUGCUUAUAAACUACCAUUUAAGAAACGGUAUUCCUCUUGGGUCUACAGUGCGUAAGUUAACCUUAGGUUUUGCAGGUUACCGUUUAAUUUUAAAAAAGGUUUUAUUUUAGAGGACAGACUAAUUAUAUAUUUUUAGCUUAUUCAUUCUAAACAAUAUUUACCAGUAGUUUGUUUACAUGUUUAGAUCAGUAUGUUAAAUUAGUGUCAACCAUGCUGGACCGUAUAAUGAACAUUUCUGUACGUUUUUAAAUAAAUUAGUUGGCCUAAGGGUAGUUUCUUAAAUAAAGUACAUUUAAAAAAUCUGUUCAAAUAGUGAACUUGCUUAAUGAGAGCAGGUCGUAAUUUGUACGUGGAUAUUUUAAAAAGGUAAAAUAAACUACUUAUCAGCACCUUAUUGGACUUUUGCUAUUGAAUGUAUUAGGUAUUGUACUGAUUAUAUUUUGUAAAAAAAAAAAAAAAAAAAAAAAAAAAAGUGUUUGCUUCUUUGCAAAGUAAAGUGCACUUGUUCAGGCUUCUUAGAGAUUCCAUGUGUACCCCUGAAAUGUAUGGUAAGUGUGUACACUAGCCCAUGUUUAAUUCAUAGCACUCAUGCACUGGAGCUUAAAUAUAAUUUUGUUUUUUCCUUAAAAAAAAUAAACAGGUCUCAUUGGAGGAAAAAAAAAAAGACUUAUUAAACAGCAUAGAUUUUGGCAAGAUUUCUCGGUUGUGUGGCCUUUUUUGAUCAUGCUUUAUUUUGUUUUACAGAUCAAAUAUAAAUCAUUACGUGGGCUGAGAAGGAUAAUCUCCUAAGUGAGAUAUAAAUGUAUCCCAGGCAACACUUUGAGAGUGUUUGCACUAGAAUGUUAUGUAAGAGAGGGACUGCACUCACCAUGACUAUAUAAAGUUUCUGUAUAUAAAUAUAUAUUACUGCUCUGGUCAUGCAUUUUAUAAUGCCGCUCUUCGCGCUGUUUGCCUCAAAUGCUGCAUUUAAACAAUGUCAUAUCUGCCUAAAA